AUUUUAAAUAAAAAAUGACUUUAAAUUGAUAAUCAAACACUAAAAAAAAUUCAAAAUAACUUAUAAGCUAAUUCAAAUUGAUCAGAUCAAUAAAUUACAAAUAUCGAAUUAUGUAGGAAAGUUCCAUCCGACUAAUUAGUCUCCACCGAUAACCGAUCAAAAGGCAAAAAGCAAUACGCAACACCAUGAAAAUUACAAUUUUUCUUUCUUCUUUUCUCCCAUGAGCAUAUAUAAAUAUAAUUUCAGAUCUUCAUCAUAUCAUAGAGUGAAAGAGUAAAGAAAAAAAAAAAAAAAGAAUGGCAAAUUUGUUCAUUAAGCAGGCACAACAAUAUUCAAAGGGUAGGCCAGGUUACCCUGAAGGAUUGUUCAAUUUUAUUGCUUCAAAAACACCUUGUCAUGAUCUUGUUUGGGAUGUUGGUACUGGUAGUGGCCAGGCUGCUCAAUCUUUGGCUAAGCUUUACAAGAAUGUGAUAGCUACAGACACAAGCCCAAAGCAGCUAGAAUUUGCAGCAAAGGUUCCGAAUGUUCGAUACGUAUGUACCUCUCCUAAGAUGUCAAAAUCCGAAAUCGAAACCAAAAUAGGAGAAGAGUCAAGUGUAGAUUUGGUCACAAUAGCUCAAGCAAUGCAUUGGUUUGAUCUCCCAACUUUUUAUCAACAUGUAAAAUGGUUACUCAAGAAACCAAAUGGAGUAAUAGCAGCAUGGUGCUACACUACACCAGAAAUAAACAGCUCAGUAGAUGCAAUUUUUGAGAAAUUUUACACUACUGAUACUGGACCUUAUUGGGAAUCUCCAAGAAAAUUGGUGGAUGAAAAGUACAAAACUAUUGAUUUUCCAUUUGAGGCUAUAGAUGGUUGUGAUCAUAAUGGACCAUUUGAGUUCAAGAUUGAGAAAGUGAUGGACUUGGAUUCUUAUUUCACAUACUUGAAGUCAUGGUCAGCUUAUCAAACUGCAAAAGAAAAGGGUGUUGAGCUGUUAAGUGAAGAUGUUGUUGACAAAUUCACAAGUGCUUGGAAUGAAGAUGGAAAGAGUGAGAAAACAGUGACUUAUCCAAUUUACUUGAGGAUUGGCAAAGUUGGGAAUAUAUAUUGAAAAUGAAACCAGUACUAUUAGGUAUCUGCAAUUGAUCAUCCAUUUACUUUGUAUGUUUCUGUUAGUUAUCUUUUAAUAAUAAAGCAUCUUAGUAUAAAUUAAGACA